AUGGAAGAACAUUUGUUGAUCUCUUUUAUCAAUCCAAGAAUGUAAUUUGGAGAUUUAAAAUAUUAAACAGCUGUAGAAUCCUAAUUGUUUGAUACUAAAAAUUAAGAGAUAAGUAAAUUGUGAAGUAGAUUAUUAUUAAAGUCAAUAAAAUUAAUGAUUUAUUUCAAAAACACAUAUCGCUAUUCAAAAUGAUGAGAUAAAAUAAUUUAUUAGAAGAUCAUAUUAAUGCUUUAGCAUGCAAUUAGAUUUUGGGAACUGAUUUUAGAGAAAAAAAGCUGUAAAUUUUACAAUUUAAUUAAGUGUUUCUAAUUUAUUUAUAACUAAAUUUGAAAAACUCUUUGAUUCAAAUUCAUAUGAUUUAGCUUAAGCAACAAUCUAGUUUAAGAAUCAUAUCGGUAAUGUAUUAAAAAACCUAAAUUUGAAAGAUACAGCAUUAGAGGAAUUGCUAAAUGUAAUUGCUUUUACAGAUCUAUUUUUAAGGAUUAAAGUAUUCCCUUGUAAUUUGAUUUGGAAGAGACUAAAUAAUUUAUGUAGAAGCAAAGUUGGGAAGAAUAAUUUAGUAAAAUUUUGAAUAAUAAAAAAAAGGUUUUAUUAGAAAUUAUAUAUUGUAUAAUUUAUCAAAUAAUGAGAACUUUAUUUAAAAUUUAAAAUUGUGGAAAAGAAAGUUUGGAAUAUAGAAUGAUGAUAAAUUAAAAUCAAAUAUAAGUAUCUAAGUGCAUUUCCUUGAUUGGUCAGAAUAAGUUAAGCAUAUUAUUGAAAAGUUAUGGAUGCCCUAUACUUUUAAAUAAGGUGAAUAUUAUUUAGCAGAUGUGAAUGAUAAUUCUGCAUUUAAACCAUUAAAAUUCGUAUCAGACAUUUAUGAUAAAAAGAAAGCUAAUUUUUUUAUAAUAGAUUCUUUAUCAAAUCUUAUAAAGAAUCAUAAUUACAAUUACAAUUAAAUAAAAGUUGCAUUUAGUCAUAAAUCUCCCAAAGAAGUAUUGAUAUCAUUUCUUGAGAUUCUGGAUUGGUGCAAAGAUAUUUUGAAGUGGGAAGAAGUAAAAAUUAAAAUUAAAAGUAUUAGAUAAUAUGUCGAUUGGUAGAGAAUAUAAAAAAGGAAUAUUUAACAAUAUCAUCAUAUUAAGAUAGUUAAGGAGAUGGAGGAUUUUCAAUGGAAAUAUAUCUUGAAACAAUUCUUAAUGAUAUAAUUAAUCAAUUUGAAGAUAAAGUGGAUUAAAUUAAUAAACAGAAAUUUAUUGAUAUAAAUAUAUUAGAUGAGUCAAACAUAGGAGGAAACUAUUAUGAAAUUACAAAUGAUGGUAUAGACUUUUAUAAUGAGGAAUAUAAGAUUUGUGGAAAUGUUGUAUUUUCAGUUGAAAAGAAGGGAAUGAUUGGUAAAAUAGGAUAGAUGAUAAUGGAUGUGCCAUAAAUUUAAAGGUAAUUUAUAUAAAAUAAAGUAGAAUGUAUUUAAAAAUUAAUAAGGAACAAAAUAAAUUGAAAUAUUUUUAAAUUUUAUGGUAAUGCAAAAAUCUCAAAAAUAAAAUGAUUAAGUAAACAUUAUACUAUAUAAUCUUAGAUUGAUUCUAUUUAGAAUAGGAUAAUUAAUAGCAACAGAAAUUCAAAAAUAGGAAAGAUAGGAUAAGGAAAUUGAGAUAUAUUUUUGA